ACAGGCUGGAAAACUGUGCAGACACCAAGGGAUCAGAGCUCACUGUCCCAGGCCCCAGGCAGGUGUUGGAAGAUGAAAGAGAGCAGCCUCGGCCCCAGGAUGUCCAGCGAACAUGAGAACACAGACAGGUUUCCCCCAAAAUGUAUAUUCAAGCACUUCAAGAGACAGAAAGUGGCUAUUUCUAAUGCGAUAAAAACUGCAUUUCCUUUUCUUGAGGGCCUCCGAGACCAUGAACUUAUCACUGGUAAAAUGUAUGAUGAUUUGCAAGAGUCUCUUAGAGCACUGGUCCCUGUAGACAAAGUGAUCUACAGAGCCCUGGAAGAACUGGAGAAGAACUUUAAAAGGGAGGUCCUGAAUGAAUUGUUCAAUAAAGUCAACAUGGAGAAGUACCCUCAUUUGAAAGCCAUUUGUGAAAGCUUUAAAAAUGGCCAGUUGAGGAUAUAGCAGUACAAAACUAAUGUGUCAUGCGUCAUCUGAAAACUUAUG